UGAGGAACAAACAGACCUGAUGGCACUGAAAGAGGAGAGUCAAGAACUGAAUGAAAAGAAAGACAAAGAUCAAAAUGAGAAACAUCAUGAUUUCAAAACUGAAGAAUCGAUUAGUUGCUCACAGACUGAAAAGACUUCCUCACCAAAAGCUAAAAAAACACAAACUACAAACCUUAAUUCACACCUAAGAGUUCAUACUGGAGAGAGCUCUUACACCUGCCAACAGUGUGGAGAAAUUUUCAAUCGAAAAGAAAGCCUUAAAUUCCACAUGAAAAUUCACACUAAAAAGAAACCAUUCAUAUGCCCUCAGUGUGGAAAGAGUUUUACACAGAAAUGUCACCUUAAUGCCCACAUGAUCAUUCACUCUGGAGAGAGACCUUACACCUGUACACUGUGUGGGAAGAGUUUCACACGAAAUAGAGAUCUUAAGACUCACAUGAGAGUUCACACUGGAGAGAAACCCUACAUAUGUAAUCACUGUGGAAAGAGUUUUACACAAAAUAGUCACCUUAAUGCCCACAUGAGAAUUCACACUGGAGAGAAGCCUUUCACCUGCAAACUGUGUGAGAAGAGUUUCACACUAAAUGCAGAACUUAAGACUCACAUGAUAAUUCACACUGGAGAGAAACCUUACAUGUGUAAUCAGUGUGGAAAGAGUUUUACACAAAAUAGUCACCUUAAUGCCCACAUGAGAAGUCACACAGGAGAGAAGCCUUUCACCUGCAAACUGUGUGAGAAGAGUUUCACACUAAAUAGAUAUCUUAAGACUCACAUGAUUAUUCACAUGGAAAAGAAUCCAUUAAUAUGCUUUCAGUGUGGAAAGUGUUUUACACAGAAAAGAACCCUUGAUGCCCACAUGGUAAUUCACACUGGAGAGAAACCUUACACCUGCCCUCGGUGUGGAAAGAGUUUCCGAUUAAAAGGAAACCUUCAGACUCACAUGAGCAUUCACACUGGAGAGAAGCCAUUUGUAUGUCAACAGUGUGUAAAGAGUUUUACACAGAAAAAACUCCUUGACGCCCACAUGAGAGUUCACACUGGAGACAAGUCUUUCACCUGCCCUCAGUGUGAAAAGAGUUUCACAGAUAAAGCAAACCUAAAGACUCACAUUAGAAUUCACACUGGAGAGAAUCCAUUCACAUGUGAUCAGUGUGGACAGAGUUUCAGAUAUAAUGUAAACCUUAUUAAUCACAUGAAGAUUCACUCAAGAGAAAACUGUUUUAAAUGUCAUCAGUGCGAAAGGAGUUUCACAGACACAAAUCACCUUCAGGAUCAUGUAAUAACUCACAUCGGAGAAAAGCCUUUCAUGUGCCAUCUCUGUGGAAAGAGUUUCACAAGAGAACGAAGCCUCAAGAUUCACAAGGUAGUUCACACUGGAGAGAAGCCUCACAAGUGUUUUCAGUGCGAGAAGAGUUUCACUUGUCAAAGCAGCAUGAGACGCCAUUUGCGAACGCAUUCUGAGAAGAAAUUGCAGUUUUCCUCAGAAUGA